AUGAUACAGUUAGGCAAUCGGAAAAUCCGACGUUUGCUUAUAAUUGGAAUCGGUAUUUUUAUAUUAUUCACAACUUUGUUAUACAUUGUUGCUGCAAAGCCCAUAGAUAAAUCCUAUACUGAACAUUUAGAGAAUGGAUAUCGAGUCUUUUCUGAAAAUUUUGAUUUCAGUUAUUUAAAGAAUAUGCCUCCAGUAUCUGGAGAUGAACCAUCAACUAUUGAUGAAAAGAAUGCGGAUACAACAAAAUCAUUAUCUAGUAAAUUUAAUGGAGAUUUUUUGAAUGAAAAAGGAUUCAAGAUUCUUCCACAGAAUGUAGAUUUCAAAUAUAUUAAUCCCAAGAACAAGCAGGGAGACAAAGAGGAAAUACUUAAACAACAUUCUGAAUCAUAUGAAAAAAUCUUGAAAACUGAAGUUAGGGAACCUAAAGAUUUUGAUAUAGAAUCAAUUCGACCACCUGCUGAAGGUGUAGCAUAUGAACAUGCUAAUGCUACAAUAGUUGCAUUAGUUCGUAAUCAUGAAUUUGGGCCCAUUGGGAAUACAAUUAAAAAGUUAGAAAAACAAUUCAAUUCAAAAUUUAAAUAUCCAUAUACUUUAAUUAAUGAUGUUCCGUUUACUGAUAAAUUUAAAGAAAGAAUUAGAAGAUUCACAGAUGCUCCAAUAGAAUUUGUUACUAUUCCAUCAAAUUUAUGGGAUAAACCAGAAUCUAUCGAUAUAGUAAAAGAAGCUAAAGCUAUGAGUGUUAUGACUGCUAAUAAUGUUGCAUAUGCUGCAAUGGGAUCAUAUCAUAAUAUGUGUAGAUUUUAUCUGGGUAAUUUAUUUAAUUUACCAGAGAUGCAAAAGUAUAAAUUCUACUGGAGAAUUGAACCACAUGUUGAGUUUUACAGUAAUAUAAACUACGAUGUAUUUAAAUACUUAGAAGGUACAAAAAAAGUAUAUGGAUUCACUAUUAGUUUAUAUGAUAUUGCAGAAACUAUCCAAACGUUAUGGCCAGAAACAUUAAAAUUUUUAAAUAUGGGAGACAAUUAUAAAUAUAUUAAUCCAAAUGGAUCAUUCCAAUGGUUAUUAAAUAAUCUCCAAAAUCCACAAAAUAAUAAUAAAACUGGAGGAUUUUCAACUUGUCAUUUUUGGACUAAUUUCGAAAUCGUAGAUAUGGAUUUCUUAAGAUCAGAAGCAUAUACAAAAUGGUUUAAACAUUUAGAUUCUACGGGAAACUUUUAUUAUGAACGAUGGGGAGAUGCUCCAGUAAGAUCUAUGGGAUUAGGACUCUUUGCUGAUAAGAACCAAGUUCAUUGGUUUAGAGAUAUUGGAUAUUUUCAUGAUCCAUAUUUUCAUUGUCCAAGCACUCCAUUUACUGCUGGAUGUGAAAUUGGUAAAUUUUCAAAAUGGCCUCAUUUAGAGGAUCAAAAUUGUAUGAUGAGUUGGAUUGAUUAUUCUAUAGAUAAUCUAGAUGCUAUUUAUUAA